CUGGUCCCGGAAGUGCAAAUACUACUGGCCCCGCCUCCAAGAUGGUGGCUGCUGGCGCGUGGUGUCGCGAUCUGCUUCUGCUGAGUCUCGAAUUACAGUCUUGACCGAGUCUGCUGAGCCAUGGACCGGCCGGGGUUCGCGGCCUCCCUAGUGGCUGGUGGAAUAGCAGGUGUCUCUGUUGACUUGAUAUUAUUUCCACUGGAUACCAUUAAAACCAGGCUGCAGAGUCCCCAAGGAUUUAUAAAGGCUGGUGGUUUUCAUGGAAUAUAUGCCGGUGUUCCUUCUGCUGCUAUUGGAUCCUUCCCCAACGCUGCUGCAUUUUUUAUCACCUAUGAAUAUGUGAAAUGGUUUUUGCAUACUGGUUCAUCUUCGUAUAUGACGCCUGUGAAGCAUAUGUUGGCUGCCUCUGCUGGAGAAGUGGUUGCCUGCCUAAUUCGUGUUCCCUCUGAAGUGGUUAAGCAGAGGGCCCAGGUAUCUGCUUCUUCAAGGACAUUUCAGAUUUUCUCUAACAUCUUAGGUGAAGAGGGCAUCCAAGGAUUGUAUCGAGGCUACAAAAGCACAGUUCUAAGAGAGAUUCCUUUCUCUUUGGUCCAGUUUCCCUUGUGGGAGUCAUUAAAAGCCCUCUGGUCCUGGAGGCAGGAUCACGUGGUGGAUUCUUGGCAGUCAGCAGUCUGUGGAGCUUUUGCAGGUGGAUUCGCAGCUGCGGUCACCACACCUCUGGAUGUGGCCAAGACCAGAAUUAUGCUGGCAAAGGCCGGUUCCAGCGCUGCUGGUGGGAGUGUGCUCUCCGCCCUGCACGAGGUCUGGCGGUCGCACGGGCUGGCAGGUUCCCAUUUGGUUCUGUGGCACCUGUUGGCCAAAUCUCUGCUGUCAACCUGAGAUCUGUGGGAUCUGUGUCAAGCUGCAGUCUACCGGCCCGAGCGAGUGGUGAGAAGUGACGGUGGGUGAUCACCUGGCAAAACGGAACCGCCCAGAGCAGAGAGCUGGAGACCAGUCUUCCCUGUCCCAGUUGUGGCACGGGCCUUACAUAAAGCUAAGUAGUGCCUGAAUCACAGGCAGAGGAGUGUCACAAAUGGGCAAAGGUCCCAAUUCUGUUUUCUGUCCCCACUGUCAGCCCUAAAAAGGCAAUGUGGAUUCUGUGGUUACUUCUGAAAGUCUCUUAGGCCUUGGGCUUUAGUUAAGUAUGGAUGAGUACUCUAGGCAGCAAAGAUGGCCACUUAAGAAAUGAGAGUUUGGUCUAGCCCCAGCGGCACAAGUAGGAGGUGCCAUGGCAUAUUGCUUAGUGCUGUGUGGGAGGCCCGGGUCGGACUCCCGGUCCCCAAACAGGCCAGGUGCAGUGCUGCCAGUGGUCUUAGCUACCUGGAGGUUGGGCCAGGAGGAUCACGAAGUGACACCCUGUCAAAAAUACCUCUCAAAAAUAAUGCUAAAUGUAUCCUCUUUUAAAAUUUGAUAGAGGAUAAAAAGUAGCAUGACCAAAAAUGCUAACUCAAUACAAAACCAGUAAACCUCGUCCAAACCUGGGCAGCUGUUCUGAACAGUACCCUAGAAAAUCCUGAAGGUUCUCAGAGGUUGAGGUCUCCGUCUCGUUCCCCGACCACAUUCUAGGUUUACCAAGGGUUUGAGCCUCUCCACCCUCUAACAGAGCAGUGUCACACUCUUAGGGUGAACGCACAUGGUGCCUGCUGUUGUCUCUGUGGUCCAAACAGGCUUCCUGGCAAGAAAGGUGCCAGGCACGCAGUCAGUGCAGUAGCCAGAAAGUGGACGAGAAAUCUGCAUCCUCGACUGUCCUUCCUGCUUUUCUUCUGUUAAUCAACCAACUUUUUGUUUUUCUGGCCCAUGCCCUUUAUGUGGGUACUGCUCUUGUCAUGAGCAUCCCUCUGAGCCUUCUGCUCCCUGUCUCACACCUGCAGUCUCACCCGUGCUCUGGCACUGCCUGCGUUUACUGCUAGGCUGUAAUUAUGCUAAUAGAGCCACUGUCAUCCAGGGAAACCAUAAACUAAAUCCAUCUGCUUUUUGCCAGGAGCAGCUGAGCUCAGUGGUAGAAGCUGAGCAAGCCAGCAGCUUUCUGAAGUGAGAGAGAAAAGGAGGGAGGAGGAGAGGGAGGACUCAGCAGCCAGAGUGCUCUUCCACCGCCCUCGGCCUGACUGCCCUGCCGGCAUCCUCCCUCUCCAAGGCAGGGGCAGGAGAUCCAUCUGUUCUCUUGGCCAAGGACACUGUGGCCUCGAUGCAGAACUUCAAGUUUCUGCCCUCGCUGGCCACCUCAUGCAAGAACAAUUUACACAGAGUCGAACUGAACAACUUUUUCUCUCAAUUUUUUUUAGUCUUCUCUAGAAUUUUGUUAUUUCUUGGCUAGAAAAAGGUUGUGCAGGACUUUCAUGAUUUAAAUCCUUUGUUGGCCAAGGGCCCUACCAGACUGUCCUGUGUUCCUGCAUCUCCUCAGUAGCGUAGCAGGUCGUCAGGAGGGAAGCAGCCUCUGCACAGGUAGCUGGCAUGUCCUCUUGCUGGGCUCUCUCUGAGCCGUUUGCUUGCACAGAGAUCUGGCCAUUUCUUAAAGGACAUACACCUGCUGCUGGCAUAACCUGAUCAUUUUCAGUUUUCCUCCCUAGACCUGAUCCAAAGGCUUCUCACGUGUGUCCACCCGUCCCGACUUUCUGCUUGCACACCCAAUAUUCUUGGUGAGAAUGUUCAACACGACAGUGGGACAGGCAGGGACUGUCUUGGGAUCCUGCUGGCAGUGAGAACAGCCGUCAGUCUAGGGCACAUCCCUCCCAGGUUGUGCAAACACGUGCUGCUGUCCAUACCGCUCUGGUCCCUCUCUCGUACAUGUUUCCGUUGGUGCCUAUGGACGGCUGUGUUCUUCCCAGCUGCCUGGUCAUGUUAUUUAAACUGGAUACUGCCAGAGCUAGGUCAUUUGCAGUGUUUCUUUUUCAUCGAUGCCAUGAUGAACAUCUGUUUAAAGGCAGACUCCAGUUUACACUUCCUGCCUCUGUUCUUGUACUUGGCAUUUCUGUAGUUACGGUGAAGUUCCUUCAGAAGCAUCAGGGACUGAGAACCUGUGGAGGCACUCUCUCUUCCCAGCCCGUUUGCCUUUUAUGUCCUCCACUAGAGAGGAAAAGAAAACAGGGACUCCACGGAGAUUCAACUCCUCAUUGUGGCUUCACAUUUGUGGGUCUUGAGGACAGAGUAUGACGGUCACCAGGAGCAGGAACUGGACUAACAGAGACCAUCUGAGAAGGCAAGGCUGGGAAGGGCCUUCCAGCCUCACCCACGACUCAGCCUGUGUCUCCUUUAAAAAAGCAAAGUCGGGAACUGGCAAAUGGUGUGGUGGUUAAGGUGCUGGAC